AUGGAUCCACCGGAGGCUGCAAACCUGCGACGGAAGUUUGGAUCAAGACGGAAGGAGUCCGAGCUGUCCAUUCGCAGCGAGGACGAGAACACGUCGUCCUUGUUCCACUUCACGUCCAAGGUGCGCUCCAUGAAGCACGGCAUUGCCAGCAGAAAGCUGACCCCGCUCGAGAAGAAGUAUCUGCUUGCCGCUGAGCACGGUGACAUCCCCACCGUCAACAGGAUCGUGAACCUGGCGAAGACGCGCGCCGAUCUGCUCGAACUGGAUAUCAACUGCGCCGACUCGUUGGGUCGCACGGCGGUGCACAUGGCCAUCGAGAACGAGAAUUUACCCCUGCUGGAGACGUUGCUCGCCGCCAGCGUCGAGGUUCAGGACAGCCUGCUGCACGCCAUCAACGCCGAGUACGUCGAGGCUGUCGAGUUGCUCCUCGACUACGAGGAGAACACGCACGUCGAGGGCGAGCGAUACAACUGGGAGAAAGUGAACUCGGCCACGUCCACUUUCAACCCGGAGAUCACGCCGCUCAUCCUGGCGGCGCACCGCAACAACUACGAGAUCCUGAAGCUGCUGCUGGACCGCGGCGCCACGCUUCCCAUGCCACACGACGUGCGCUGUGGCUGCGACGAGUGCGCCGAGGCGGUGCGCCGCGACUGUCUGCGCCAUUCGCGCUCGCGCAUCAACGCCUUCCGCGCGCUCUCCUCGCCCUCGCUCAUCUGCCUGUCCAGCGUGGACCCGAUCCUCACCGCGUUCGAGCUCAGCCUCGAGCUCAAGCGGCUCAGCUAUGUCGAGAACGAGUUCAAGGUGGAAUACAAGAAGCUUCAGCGCCAAUGCCAGGACUUUGCUACGUCCCUCCUGGACCACAUCCGCACGUCAGCAGAACUUGCCUGCAUAAUGAAUCAUCGAGCCAAGGCAAAAGAAGACGAGGAGGAAGACAACAUGUCCCUCGCAAGGCUCGAGCUCGCAAUAGAGCACCAGCAGAAAAAGUUCGUGGCGCACCCGAACGUGCAGCAACAGAUGAGCACACUGUGGUACGAUGGCCUGCCCGGAUUCCGGAGAAAGAGCAUCUUCGGCCAGUGCCUGCAGAUUGUCAAGAUUGGUGUGGCUUUUCCCUUCUAUUCGGCCAUGUACAUAUUCUUCCCGCGCAGCCGGAUGGGCAGGGUCGUAAAGAAGCCAUUCGUCAAGUUCAUCUCUAACGCCUUCUCGUACCUCCUUUUCCUGCUUCUUCUCAUCCUUGCGUCUCAAAGGGUGAACUUGGAAGACCUGCACUCACAUUUCCAAGGUGGCGUAGUCACGAAACAAAAACAACGAGGCCUGCCGCCUUCCUUCGUCGAAGUGGCCAUCCUGACCUUCGUGAUUGCUCACAUAUGGGAAGAGGCAACCGAGAUCUGGUCGAUAGGGAUGGCCCGUUACCUCAAGGACAGCUGGAAUAUUUUGGAUGCAAUACGGAAUACCAUGUACGUCACUGCCGCUUUGCUGCGCGUGGUGGCCUACAUUAAGGAGACGCAAGAAAUAGGGGAGCAGCCCCUGCUUGCGUUCCUCCCGAGGGAAGAAUGGGACCCAUUUGAUCCCAUGCUGAUCGCAGAUGGCCUAUUCGCUGCAGGAAACGUCUUCUCAGCCCUGCGCCUGGUGCAUCUGUUCUCCAUGAACCCCCACCUGGGGCCCCUGCAGAUAUCGCUGGGCAGGAUGGUGAUUGACAUCGUCCAGUUUUUCUUCAUCUACACAUUGGUGCUGUUCUCGUUCGCCUGCGGCCUCAACCAACUGCUCUGGUACUAUGCCGACCUGGAGCAGACCAACUGCGACCCGAACAACAUCAGGGAUUCCUCCUGUCUCACGUGGCGUCGCUUCUCCAACCUGUUCGAAUCGUCGCAGUCCCUCUUCUGGGCCAGCUUCGGUCUGGUGGACCUUUCGAACUUCGAGCUCACGGGCAUCAAGAGCUAUACGCGAUUCUGGGGCCUUCUCAUGUUCGGAUCGUACAGCGUCAUCAACAUUGUCGUCCUCCUGAACCUGCUCAUUGCCAUGAUGAGCAACUCCUACCAACGAAUAUCGGAACGCGCAGACACGGAAUGGAAAUUUGGUCGGGCCAAACUGAUUCUCAAGUACUUCCAGCCAGGUCAGACACUGCCACCUCCAUUCAACUUGUUGGACUUCAUUCGCCACGUCACCAAGCUAAUCGGCUGCAAGAGGCCCAAAAGGAAGGACAAGAUUUAUUUGGAAGAGAAUGGUCUGCGUACGAAGAGAGAAGAGAUGACAUAUCAGGACGUGAUGAAGAGCCUCGUGUGGCGUUACGUCACCAGCGAGCAGAGCAAGAACGAGCAGGCGCCCGUUACGGAGGACGACGUGAAUGAGCUCAAGCAGCAGAUCACCUCGUUCCGGUACGACCUGCUCGACGUGCUCAAGGACAACGGCAUGAAGAUCAACAAAGUGCAACGCAAGCGAGGCGAAGCCAUCCCGAACAAGAAGGUUCGUGUGCGUGAGCGGCGGCUGCUCAAGGACUUCAGCAUCACGCUGAUGGACGCCUCCGACCCGGACCUGCUGUCGCGCCACUCGAGCAGUGCCGACGUGAGCAGGCACGAGGAGGAAGAGUCUCGGCCCAGCUACAGCCGGGCGCUGCAGCGCUGGAGGGACCUGGUCAAGGCGCUGCAGGUGUCGCCCAUCGGCACCAGCAAGAACCUGGCCGCGCCCGCACGCACCUCGCUGCUCAGGGAGAAACUCGAGCACCAGGUGAGCACCGAGAUUGAGGACAACGGCGAUGCGCCCCCCUUGCCGACUGUGCACGAGGCUGGCGAGGCAGACAAGCUCGCUGUGACAGCGGAGCGCAUCAGCGAGACUCCACUGCUGGACUCAGUGGUGCAAGGCGCUGCACCCUGCAGCUCCGCAACAAAGGGCUGGCUGUAG